AUGUUAUCCGUCCGACAGGUAUAUUUAGGUUCACACCGCAAGGAGGAUUUAUUAGCGAACGGCAUAUCGGAGGCUUUUACUAUAGCCGUAUAUUUUCUACUUUGUCGUGAGCUUGGUGAACCCCCUCUUUUUCCUGGAAACGAGAAUAUUUGGACUAGUUUUUACCAGAAGUCUUAUGCUCCCGGCAUCGCUGAUCUUGCCAUUUUUGCUGCAACCCACGAGCACUGUGCUAACGAGGCAUUUAAUCACAACAAUGGAGACAGAACUUUUUGGCCUAAAAUUGCUGCAUAUUGGGGAAGAGAAGUGAGUAUUAGGAGCGGAAAUAUUCCGAGUCCAGAGCCGAAGUUUGAGAAUAUGAAAAAAGAUUCCAAUAGCCUUGUUCUAGGGCUUGAUCUCAUUGAGUGGCUAAAGGAUAAACAAGAAGUGUGGGACAGGAUUGUCGAGAAAUACGGAGGGAAAAGAGAGGCUUUCAUUUGGGCUAGUUGGGAUCACUUGAACUGGGCUAUGGGGAGAGCGGUAACAACGCUUCUAUCGCUUGAUAAAGCCAGGAAGUUUGGCUGGACACGCUAUGAUAGCACUUAUGAGUCGUGGGUCUCAGCUUUCAAAACGAUGCAGGUAGCGGGGAUCCUGCCUAACCGGCGUCAUCUUGAUUCCAAGGAGUAG